GUGUGUAUAUAUAUAUAUAUUUAUACACACCACAUAUCCAACACUUUCAUUGUUUAUGUUCAAGGAAAUGGAGGAUCCCACUUUUUUCACACAAUAUGAAACGACCAACCCUAUUGAGUAUCCAUUUGAUGAUUUCAAUUUCCAAUCUGAAAGCUAUUCAUCCUAUCCAAAAAUCAAUGGUUCAUCCAUUAAUGAAGCUUCUCAUCAUCAGCUCGACGUCUUGGAAAGGCCGCCAUUAAAGCAACUCAAGACCAACAACUGGAGUUCUUGCAUCGCACCGCCAAAAGCUUCUUUUUCUUCUUCAUCUUCCCAUAUAAUCUCCUUCAACAACUCCAGUUCAUCUCUGCUAUAUUAUGGUGUAGAUUGUGAUUUGAAACCCGAAACUGAGGUUGGCAUGUAUUUACUGUUGAAAAGUCAAAUUAAAAAAAAAAAUGGGUGUUGAAAAGUCAAAAUUGGGAGGUGCAAGUGGCACCGAAAGAAAAAAAUGA